UUCAGCUCACCAACUACACGCGUGGGCGAAGUUCUCGCCUAAACCCUCGCAACGAUGCCCUCCUCCUCCGACGCCUCCGCCGCCGCCGCCGCCGCCGCCGGAGAAGAUGGCCGGAAGGGCCGAUCAAAAGAAGCCGCCGUGGCGAAGGCGGUGGGCUUCUUCGUCUUCUCCGGUAUCGCACUCAGCGUCGUCAAAGGUCUCAUCCCCCACCACUCGCAUCCUCGACCACCUCCUCCUCCUCCUCCUCCUCCUCCUCCCCCACCACCUCCUCAACUUCCUGAGCCCUCUAAGGUUUCUACUCAUAAACCCAAGCUUGACGAGGGUUUCGCUAGAGAAUCAUGCUCAGAUCGGGUCGUUGUGAUCGAAAAGGGAGAUACCCUCUGGGGUCUCGCUACGAGAUACGGGGUCUCCGUCGACGCCAUCAAACAAGCUAAUGGUGUUAACAAUGACACGAUAUAUGCCGGAAAGAAGCUGAUCAUACCUUAAGUACAUUUCCUAUCUCAUUUGGUUUUGAAUUGAUUUGAAAAGAAUCAAAAUUAUGCCAUGUAACCAGGGGCUAAAAAGUAGCUGAAGAGUAAUGUUUUUGGGUUAUAUUAGUUCAAUUGCGGAGAGUCAAAGUGAAGGAGAAGAUGACAUAUAGUUUCAAUGUACCAAUGUAGUUUAGUUUAGCGUGUAUGUUGCUUGAGAGAUUGCUAGCGUUAUUCAGUGUAUGAUUAUGUGACUCUUUGUAUUGUUGAUGCAAACUGAUGCUUCAUGGAGAUUA